UUGCAAUUUGGUCAUGAUCAGUGAUACGUCAAUCUAAAUCGUAAAAGUGUAUAAAAAUCGUAAAAUGGAACGUUAAUAUUUUAUGAAUGAACCUUCAAUUGAAUAAUAUAUUCGGGUUUCUUUUCUUGCUGUAUUUUAUUGAUGACUUGCUUUAAAUUCAAUGUUGUUUUUCAUGUGGCGGUGACUAGACAAGUGCUUACUAAACAAAGUUCGCGUUCCAAAGUGUGGUGGAUAAAAAUCUUGGUUCAAUCUUGAACUGUAUUACUGUAACUGAUGUUUCCGUGAAUACAAAACGUGCAAAAUGUUAUUUGACGACGAAAAUGAGUCGUUCUUUGCGACCCCAGAGCGGAUCCAAGCUCUGGGGUUCAAGCCGCAGAAGGAACUCAUCACCAACCAUUUGCUGCCCUAUGCAGCCAAAUUGGAUGAAGAGUCAAAAGUAUUCCUUGAGCAGGUGAAGACCAACCUGGCCAAGUCGGUCAUGCUGCGGGAGAUGAAGCCAGCCUGCGGAGUGUGGUCGUCCAGGCUGAUGAAAUAUGUGCGAAUGUAUGGCUUGAAGUUUUCAAAGGAAGAUCAUCUGACGUUUAUUAAACUGGCGUAUGAACUUGUUCUUAUACCUGAGCUGGAGCCGUGCAAAGUCCACAAGUUCGCCACUUUGUUUGUUAUGCUCACAAAAAAAAAAUUCCUCAUAUCACCUGAAGAACUGACACUACAAUGGAGGCCACUAUACGACCUUGGGAUCAGGAUUUUUGAGAAGAGUUCGUCAAAUAUUGGGAUGUACCACUACCACGCGAGCAAUAAAGAACCCGAAGCACCGACCGCAGUCGACAUGAUUCGGAAAUUUAUCACGUGGAACAGUUUAGACGGUGCUGUCGGUUUGUUUGGACUCGGGUUGGGGGAGGAAAACGAACAACCAACGUCGCUGGAGUCGUCGUAUGUGGCAAUGAUUAAAUGCUCAAAACCGUACUUUGAAGUGGGUGCAACAAAAGAGAUGCUAGAGGAACUCCUGCCUCAGAUCUGUCCGUGGUCGUCCAACUCUCAGAUGAUGGGUCCGUUCACGGCGUUCUUGCCGGUGGGCCUGCCAGCUGAGCACGCCGAGCAAGGCCACCUGCUGUGGUUCGACCAGCUCAUGGAUCUGUGGGACGUGUGCUACAACAACCAGUGUGGUAUUUCGGAUGUAAUGAUGCUCUUUGCUGGUCUGGCGAAGAAAAAUCCUGGCGCCGUGGACUGGACGCCUCACGUGCCCAAAAUGUUCAUGAGGUUCCUACACGCACUCAACUUACCCGUGAGCUACAAAGACAUGCAAUACACCAAGAACCAUUCGCUCGACAUGAAAUUUGUGGCGUUAUGGAUAGUCUGGACGAUAAACCCAGACGGCGUAGUAUUGAAGCACUUGAAAUCAUUCCUGGCGGGAGUCGAGAGCUACUUACAGAGUGCCAACUCCGGCCGGUGGUCCUUCAAACUAAGGGACCUAUUGAGGAAAUUAGCUAGAUUAUUCCUUAACAGGGUGCGUCGCGAGCGCGAAAUGAGGUUACAAGAAACUUGGGAGAACAAAACACCCGAAGAGUACAAACUCCGCGACGAAGAUGUCGACGAAUUCGUGAAAAUAGUCCUGCAGCCUACGCUACAAGCCGUCUACAGCAGGAGCGGCUCGAUGGACAUCUCGGUGGCUCUGCAGAACUUGGCCACUCUGCGGCCUGCCAUCGUCAUACCUCCUCUGAUCGAGAGGUUGAGGACGUCGCUCACUUCUCUGACCGAGCCGCACAGGGUCACGGCGGCCAUGACCGCAGUGGCCGCAGUAGCCCGACCGAUGAUCCGCGGAGCUGACGCGGGCUACCCAGAAGGCCCCACCCACGUGGUACCUUUCCUGUUGGCCGUCCUCCCCGGCCUCGACCCCAACGACAUCAAAAAGACCUUGGUCACAUUACAUUUCAUACUCAUUUUCACCGUCAUGAUACCUAUCGUCGACUGCAGCUCGGCGCACGAAUAUCAUCCCGACCUCACUGAAGAAGAGUUGUUGGUCUGCGAGUCGACGGCCCAGUUCGAAGACUUCGUACUGAUCUUCCUCGACAGACUCUUCAUCAUCAUCGAGUCGAGCGUCACCGAGCACGCGCGCUUGGACACCAAGGACCCCGACUGCGUGCGCAGCAAGACGGACGCGGUCAUGGAGACCGCCAUCUCCUCCGCGGCGACCGCCGUCUUGAUGCAGUGUUCCCCCAAAAUUUUCCAGGAGGCUUUGAGAAAAUUCAAAUCCUUCGCCACAGAAACGACGUUCGAGUCCAACGUCUCGGGGAGCAUGGUCGGCGUGCUGUUGAAGGUGUUCAGUCGGGUCGACGCCGUGUCGACGUUGGCUGCGUUCAUGCCCAAACUCCUGGACGAUCUGAACGAGCUGGUGGCGAGUGACGAAGCGCUGAAAGAGGAGAACCCGCCCCGCGACCUGUGCUACAACCUCGUCCUGUUCAAACAGGUCAUAGAGUGCGACGGCGCCGCGCUGCUGAAGUACAUCCCUCACAUCAUAAUUCUGCUGGAUCGGCUGCUGAAGUUGCACUCGUCGUACGCGCUGAUCCGCGCGGCGGACGCCCUCGCACACUUGUUCUAUUCCUUUUCUGCUGUUGACGUAAAAGAAUGGAGGAGUUCGAGCAAAGACUACGGGAGCGCUCCCAAAACGUGGCUGCCCAUCCGGGAAUGGGGCAGCGGUUGCCUGAUGAAGGACGCCAAGUUGAAGUGGCACGUGCCCAACGCUGCGGAGGUGAAGGCCGCGCAGCUGUUGGCGACCAGAUUCGUGAAGCACGAGGUGAUCCGCCUGAGGCAGUGGCUGCAGGGCGAGCGCGACAUGAGCCGCGAGCGCCGGAUGAAGAGCUACUACAUAUUCAACGCUGUGCUGACGAGCUGCAACUAUCUGCCGCCGCCCGAUGAGAAGCAGCUCCCUUUGAUAGCGUCGCAAGUGCCGGCCACGAACUUGCCGUUCGUCACCGGCGUGCCGCACGAGGUGACGCUGAACGGACACAACACACGGCGCGUGCUCACCAACUUGCUGCUGGACGUGCAGAAGCGCUUGCUCGCGGACAAGACGGACGACACGCGGGGACUGGAGACACUUAUCCAGGUGUGGGAGCGCAUUAUAAUCGUAAGAAACAACCGGGCGUCACCGGGCGUAGAGGCGCGGCUGCGGUCAUACAGCGCGCUGGAGCGGGCGCUGGACGGGCGCGGGGGGCUGACGACCAGCGCGGGCGGCGCGGUGGACGUGGCCGCGUCGGCCAAGCUGCGGAUGUUGGUCGCGGAUGCGGCGCGGCUGCAGUUGGAGUCGAGGGCGGACCUGACGUGCGACGCGGGCAUGACGCCCACUAGCGUCAAGGCGCUGUACGCGCUGUUUGAGCUCUCCAUCAAUACAUAUAGCUCGGUGCGUGUUUUAGCCCAAGCCCGUCUGUACUGGAUGCUGAGCCACGUGCCAUACUCUUACAAAGCUCUGGUGCCGAAGUUGGUGGAUCUCCUGGCCAAGGGGGGCGAAGGGGAGGAGUGGCACGCGCGGCACAAGGGGGCUCUGUACAUCAUAAUGGGCCCUAAAGUUGGGCCCAUGAUCGCUAAACAAGACUGGGACGUCGUGAGGGCCCUGUGGCCGGCCAUUUUGAAAGCGCCGCUGAGUGAGAAGCCUAGCAUACUAAGACUAGAACAAGCAUUCAGCGACUGCCUGCACCGCCACUUCCCGGCGGUCAACACUCGUCUCACCAUGACCGACAGCGCGAUACAGUUGGCGAAGAAACUUCUGUCUGAGGAACAACUGCAAGAGCUGGAGACCAGCGGCAUGUUGGAGAAGGCUGUGGAGAAAGAAAUCGCUACCUCGGAUAGAAUGGAGCGCACAUACUACAUGCUGGUAGAGGAACUGGUUGAUAUCGCUGAGACACCCAAUAUACAAUGGCGUCGUCUCGAGCUGGCGAUGCAGAUGCUGACGUACUGCCCGCUAGUGCAGACGCCGUACACGCCCCGCGCCGUGCGCCUCAUGGUGCGCUCGCUGCUGCACGACGACAUCGCGGUGCGGCGGACGGCGCAGAAGCUCACGCACUACGCCUUGAAGCAGAGGAAGAACGUCGUAAUGAAGAUCGAGGUCGACCCGUACGAGAUAGCCGGCGUGCCCAGACCUGAGAAACAUGUGCCAGGUUACAGGAAGGACCUGGAGUGGGCCAUGUGGGCGGAGGGCAAAGAGAUCACCACCGACGAGGAGUGGGACAAGCCGUGGUUGCGCGACUAUACUAUUGGGUUCUUCGCGUGGCCCAAAAAGCUCAAGGUAGCAGCACCAAUAAGCGAACAGGAAUACUCCUUGGACACUCCCCCAGAAGAGAUGGAGGACGGCGAGCGGUACCUGUUCGAGUUCUUCAGCGACGAAGAGUGCGUCGACCGCCUGGUCGCCUUCUACACCGUCGAGGAGAAGAAGGGGAAGGACAAGUUCAAUGGGAUUCGGUUCACCAUGUUUCGGAUGGCGUUCGCCCAGUUCGGCGAGCGCGUGUCGGCGCGCCUGCUGCAGCACGCGCUGCGCUGCGCGCGCGAGUCGCAGGAGGCGCCGCAGCGGUUCGCCGCAGAGAUCGCCGCCGCCGCCUUGCGCGCGCCGCGCUACUGGCCGCGCGCGCGCGCAAUGGCCAUGUACGACUCCGCCAUGGAAAUUAUCAAAGCAGGUCUGACAUCAGUGACGGCGGAGACGAUGGAAGACUGGGGCACGUGCGUGGCCACGGGGCUCGAGAAGCUGGACCCCAUCCGCGGCGCGUCGGUGCUGAGGGAGCUGCUGCAGCUGUGCGCGCCGCCCCCCGCCGCGGGGGACGCGGAUCCCGACCACCACACUUCGUUUGUGGUGUGCGCCAGGCUUUACGCUCUGCAGGGCGCGCUCGGCUCCAUGUCGUGGCGCACCGCCCCGCUGGCCGCUGACCUGCUGCGGCGAUUGGACGCUGCCAACUUCAUACAGCAUCCCUACCAGAACGUGCGGGAAACUGUUGGCAGCAUCCUGAUGACGAUCUUCGACACGGAGCUGGUGUUCCCCGGGGGCGCCGGGGGGAGCACGCCCAGCCUGCGCCGCUUCCUGCGCGACGUGAAGCCGCGGCUCGCAGCGCUGUACGACGAGAACGGGGACAUUGUGAUCAAGACGACGGCGUCACUGAUGAGCGCGUGCGCGGCGCAGCCGGCGUGCGAGGCGCCGUCCCCGCCCGUGGCCGCCGCGCCCGCCGCGCCGCUCGCCGCGCUGCACGCCGUCGCGCCGCACCUGCGGCUGGCCACCGACGCGCCGCACGAUAACCGCACGCACCAGGCGGAGGCGGCGCCCGAGGCGGUGGAGGCGCCGGGCGAGGAGGCGCGCGCGAACAAGCAGCUGGCGGAGCGCCUGCACAGCGCGCUGCGGCUGGCGGGCGACGCGGCGCCGGCGCAGCGACACCACGCGCGCGCCGUCAACCUGCUCACCACCGUGCUGCGCGCGAGCAUGGGCGUGAUCGUGCGCAGCGUGAGCGGCAACACGGCGACGCACUACGAGCUGGUGGGCACGGCGUGCGCGCUGGCCGCGCGCGGCCCGCCGCAGCCGCACGAGGAGCUGCCGCGCGCGGCCGGCGGCUUCCUGGCCACGCUGGCGCUGGCCAACCACUCGUACGACGCCUUCGACAAAGCUCUGGAAGUGCUGGAGUCGCUGUCCUCGGGGCGCUCGUGGUGGGCGCGCCUGGCGUGUCUGGAGUUCGCUCAGCCGCUGCUGUUCUACGGGCUGCCCCUGCUGUGCGCGCGCGCCGAGCGGGCCGAGCGCGCCGAGCGGUUCGCGCUCACGCUCAUGAGAGACUCGCGGGUCGAGGUCCGACAAGCGGCUGCCAAACUACUUACAGGUCUGAUGCACUGUCGAGCCUUACCCGAUGAGGAGAAGACCUUAAAAUCACUUCAACGAAGCUGUAGGUCUAAGGAGUUAGUUGAACGCCAUUGCGGAGUCCUUGGCCUGUGUGGCUACUUGUCGUCGAGGCCCUACAGCCUUGGGCCAAGGCUUGGCGAUGUUCUGACUGAAUUGGCCAGGCACACCAGCGCACCCGACCCAAUCCCCGCCACCAUAAGGAAGGCAUUGGCCGAUUUUAGGAGGACGCACCAAGACGAUUGGACCAAACAUAGGGAGCAGUUGACCGAAGAGGAACUAGAUUUGUUGGCAGAUUUGACCUCACCGCCAACAUAUUGCGCCUAAAUAGCACUGCACUUUGAAAGCAAAUUAACGGUUGUGGAAACUUUCUUAACUGUCGUACAGAUCAAAAUAUUUUGGAAUCGACAAAUUACGUUAAGCGACUAAGGCCCCUCGCCCACGGCGACUUUUUGUAGAAAUGCAGUCGCGCGUUUGACAAAUGCGCGACAGACUCUCUUCUAAUGCGUGUUAGUCGCGCUACAAUAGUAAUGCCAACGCAUUACUAACGCGCUACUGCAUCGCGUUUGUUUAGAUACAAACGCGCGACUGCGUCGGACGACAUCGGUAGAGAGAACGGAGGGGGGAGGGAUUGUCUAAUCCAAGGUAUUUUUGUGUCGUAACUGCAUCGCGACCGAAUCGCGUUUGCAUCGCGACUGAAUCUGUUCCCGUAGGUGAGGGCACACAACUAGCAACAGCUUCGCGUAUGUAUCGAUGCUACGCGCGACAGUAUCGCGACUGUAUCGCAACAAAAAGUCGCCGUGGGCGAGGGGCCUAAUAGUUGCGACUGUUAGUGGUUGAAUUUACAUACAAUUUGCCAUAAAAAGUGAGGUGCUUGAAAUGUGAUCCCACUUCUGAUAUAUGAACAGGCCGUGAGAUGUUAGUUAUUUAAUAUGAGUUCUUAAGACUAUUAGUUAGGCAAUAUACACAGGAAAGGAAACUAUUUAAUUGAAUAAAAAUGACAAUAUUUCGCUCGAGAAAUUAGAUCCGCUGUCAGAUUUUGAAAAAAGUUGCCUCGAUGUACUGGAAAAUUUAAUACCAAAAGUUGAAAUAGUUACAUAGUGACAAUUUUUACAUUUAUACAAAUUUACACUAUUCUUGCUAUAAUUAUAUUUUAGCCAAUAGCGAUAGCAAAUAAUUGUGUUCGCAAUUAUGACAUUAUGUGUAUUAUUUCGCACUAGGGAUACAAUAGAAAACAACGAUAUACGAUCUAAAGACAAUAAAUUGCGCGCAAGUCGUUGGCGGAAUCAAUUAUUAUUUAUGCAAUAAUGUUGCCAGGUGGCGUCCAUAAAUGCCUCGUAUUGUUAUAUUACAAAACUUUAUUGGAAUUUUCCAUUUUACAGUUUAUAGGUAUAAAUACCUAGUUAAAACCUUACGCACGCCACUGCGUAUAAAUAUUAGAUAAACCGUUUGAUCGGGACGUCUAAUAUCCCGAUUUAAUACUGACCACUUAAUUCGACAUUAGGAAUAUAUUCAUUUACAAGUAGGUAAGUGUUCAUUUACACGAGCAACUGCUGCUCGUGUAAAUCAACACUUAAAUUGUGUAAAUCAACACUUAAAUUGCGUAAAUCAACACUUACCCAUUGCCACUUCAACUUCGCCACUCGCUCAGCUAUCAGUGACUUUGGUUCUUCUAUACUUUCAACCGACUUCAAAAACAGAGGAGAAUCUCAAUUCGACGCGUUUUUUUUUAAUGUUUGUUAUCUCAUAACGCGCCGUAAUAGCCCAGUGGAUAUGACCUCUGCCUCCGAUUCCGGAGGACGAGGGUUCGAAUCCGAACCGGGGCAUGCAAAUUUUCAGUUGUGCAUUUUCAGAAAUUAAAUAACAGGUGUAUGAAACGGUGAAUAAAAUCUGCAUACCAGAGAAUUUUCGUAAUUCUCUGCGUGUGUAAAGUCUGCCAAUCCUCAUUGGGCCAGCGUGGUGGACUAUUGGCCUAACACCUCUCAUUUUGAGAGGAGACUUGAGCUCAGCAGUGAGUUGGAUAUGGGUUGAUAACGAACCUCAUAACUUUAUCAUUUAUUAACCAAUUUUGAAAAUUCUUUUUUUAUUUGAAAAAGUAAACAUCCAGAUUGGUCCCAUUUCAUUUUCAGGUUUAGUAAUUUAGUGUUGAAAUUAAGAUAACUGAAAUAUGUCUUUGAAGUCGGUUCCAUUUUUAUGUUAAAAAGAUUAUAUACAAUGUUGAAAAUUCUGAAACUCCAAGCUAGCAAUAGCUCGCCGCCUGCUGAGUGACUUUGAGCUUUCUCAUGAGAUCCGCGAGUUGGUCGUUAACUAUAGGAUAGUUAACGACCAACUCGCGGAUCCAUACAAUAGGCUAGUUGACACUUUUUUUAAAUGGUCUUAAAUAGUUCAUUAUCGUUCUAUUAGACUGAUUUUUUUUUUUAAUUUUUUUGAGACGUGAUUACAUAAAAAUUUAGUUUUUAAAUAUGUUUUUGACAAUACGAGCUAAAACGCCUGUCGGCCAUGACAGUCUUAUAACUUGUUUCAUGACGUCACUACAAAAAAUCGUUUUGCAAAAAUAUUAACAAUUAGUUCGACGUUAGUGACGUCACAGAAUGGACAACAGUGAUUUUGACGUUUGGAAAAUUAAAAAAAAUACGUGAUAUUUAAAUUAAGUUUUCUAAGAAAUCCUUAACUUUUAUUCAUUGAUAUCGAUAUAUUUCGGAAUCUUGCUUCAUGUACUACACGAAAUUAAUAUUGUUUUUAUAUAAUAUAAUAUGUAUUAAAUUUGAUAUGAAUCAACUACCUUAUUAUACAGGAUUAGCCUAAAACUUCUCAGUUAAUAUUCUUUAUAUCCACUGACUGCUAGUUUUGUAGAAGUAUAGUAUAGGUAUUUAUACCUAGCGGUAAUUUAUUUAAAACAAAUUGUUUAUUUUAUCAAAAUUCUUUGGUUGCAUUAGGUAUUUCUAUAAAUGGUUGGUAAAUGGUUUCAAUUACUUAGCAUAUUGCAAUUUAUCAGUUGUAAAUCAAAUGAAACUUUCAACAUCGCCAAUAAUAAAAUCAUUAGGCCCAUCACUUCAUAUUACGUAAAUUCUCUUUGACCUUGAGUUUGUUAUAAGUUGGUAAAAAAAACUAUAUUGAUUUAAGAGUAAAAUAAAAACAGCAUUAUUCAAAAGUUAAAAAUUACUUACAGUUUAUAGGUAUAAAUACCUAGUUAAAACUCUUGGUAUUAGGUUAUAUUGCAUUAUACCUCAGGAAUAUAUAUAUAUUUUUAUAUAGACAAUGUAUAUAUUAUAUUAUUAUUGUGUAUAUUUUAUACAUAUACAUGACUAUAGUUUUAUUUUUAAUGCAUUUGUUUUUGCAAAAAUAAGUGUAUACAUGUUUAUUUGUUAGAUAUAAAUUAAAUUUGGGUUCUCUUUAUAAUAAUUUUAGUGUUGUGUUUAGUUGUUUUUUUUUUUCUAAAGAUCUGUGAAGGUUUUUUAAUUAGAAAACAAACGGAAAACUUGGUGUAAUAAGAUUAAAAAAUGUAUAAUAUAAUAAAAAUUAUUACCAAAGA